AUGCGCGCGGCUGUUAUGCGGGCGCAAGGCCCGCCGGACGUUUUGAAGGUGGAGGCGGAUUUUCCGAAGCCCCAGCGCAAGGCUGGUGAGGUGCUCAUACAGGUGGCGGCGGCAUCAGUCAACCCAAUUGAUGUCAAGAUGCGAGAGGGGAAGCAGGUGCCACGCGCGGUGGUGACGUUCCCAAAGAUCCCCGGCGGCGACGUGGCGGGCGUCGUUCUGGAGGCUGACGAGGGCAGCCCCUUCAAAAAGGGUGACCGCGUCUUCGGCUGCACGGGGCAGCAGGUGUUCAACGUGACCUACGGCACCUAUGCGGAGUUUGUAUCCGCGCCCCAAGAUACCCUUGAAAAGAUCCCGGAUGGGAUUGGCUACGAGGAGGCGGCCGCCGUGCCCCUGGCCGCCAUGACGGCGUGGCAGGCGCUGGAGGCGCGCAUGCCGCUGGAGGGCAAGGCGGUGCUGGUGCACGCGGGAUCGGGCGGCGUGGGCAGCUUCGCCAUCCAGAUUGCCAAGGCGCUGGGUGCGCGCGUCACCGCCACCUGCGGCCCCUCCAACGUGGCCCUGGUGACCCAGACCCUGGGCGCUGACGUGGCAGUCGACUACACCAAGGACAGGUUUGAUGACGUCGCCCCGGGGCCGUAUGACAUCAUCGUUGACCUUAUCGGGGGCGACUACGAGACCAGGGGCGUGAAGCUACUCAAGAAGGGCGGCAAGGGCGAGCGGCGCGGCCACUAUGUGAAUGUCCUCGCGCAUGGCUGGAUCAAGAAAUAUGGCGUCGCGCGGGGGCUGGCUGCAACAGUGUACUGCGUGGCCAAGGGCACCCUGCUGUCGGCGCUGGGCUGGGGCCCAAGCUACGAGCUGCUGGUGAUGCGGCCCCAGGCGUCGAGGGGCCUGCAGCAGGUGGCCGCCCUGAUGGCGGAGGGCAAGGUGAAGCCCCUCAUCGACAGGGUGCUGUCCCUGGAGCAGGUGGUUGCGGAGGCUCACGCGCACUCGGAGGGCGGACACGCGCGCGGCAAGAUCGUCCUCAGAGUGGCGGAUAUCUGA